UGUUUUGUCUUAAACCCUAGUUCGUUCGUUCGGUUCGGCUGUCGAGCGAGAGCAAAAGAGGGACAGAACAUAAGCUUUGUUCUUCAUUUUUUUGAGAAAGUAUUGCUAAGAUGGCUACUCCCAGUCCAAUUCCCGCCGGCAUUACUAAGGAUCAGGCGUUUAACAUGGCACAAACGGAGAUGGAAUAUCGUGUGGAACUCUUCAACAAGCUUGCUCAAACAUGCUUUGUUAAAUGUGUGGAUAAAAGGUACAAGGAAGCUGAGUUAAACAUGGGUGAAAACAGUUGUAUUGACCGUUGUGUUUCCAAGUACUGGCAGGUAAAUGGAAUGGUCGGACAGCUCCUAAGUGUUGGCAAGCCUCCACAACAGUGAGUCCCGUUAUAGACCAAAAGCUCAUGGAGAAUCAAAAACGCUCUUCUUUCUUCUUCUUAAAGUUUUAAGCCAAUCUUAAUUGUUUUUGUUGUCAAACAAAGAAAGUUGCAUCAUAUUUUUUUGGCGUUUAUUUGGACAAAUUAUGCAAUUCUCUGAGACUAUAUUUUAUAAGAGAUGAAAUGAAAUAACAGAUUGAAAAAAUUACUAAAA